UUAGCAAUUAGCAAUUAGCAAUUAGCAAUUAGCAUUUAGCAUUAAGCAUGAGAGGGUGUAAUGAUGAAAGGGGUCCGUUGCCCUUUCUUUCCCCUCUCCAACUUUAAAUUCUCACUCUCAAUUUUUCUUUCAGAUCCCCAACAUCACCAAUCUCCAUGCCAAUUUCCCCCCUAUUUUUUAUUGCAUAAUAGUAACACCACUCUCCAAUCCUCUUUUGCAUGCACAUCAACAUCAACAUCAACAUCAUGCGACACCAUGAUGACCGGGUGCGACCGUGAAGCAUGUUUCUCGGCGUCGAUCUCGCUCUCGCGUCACUGACAUGGGCUGCGCCGCCUCCAAGCUCGACGACUUCCCCGCGGUGGCUCUAUGCAGGCAGCGAAAGGACUUGCUCAAAGCCGCAUCGGAACAACGCUACGCCCUGGCCGCAGCACACGUGGCGUAUUUCCAUUCGCUCAACCAAAUCGGCGACGCCCUUCGCAAGUUCGCAGACCAGGACCUCACCACCACAGCCUCCACCCCCACCCCCACCCCCGGUUCCUCCUCUCCGGUUCUCACAUUACCCUCCCAACCCAAAUCUAAACUUUCCUCUUCUUCCCCUUCCAUUCACGAUUCCCCUCACGGUUCACACUUGCCACUCUCCUCUGGAUCCGAAUUAAGUUCCCCUUUUCAUUCUCAUUCCUCUUCCCCAGAACCUCACCCACCACCACCUUCCUUUUCUCCUCCUCCUUAUGCCUAUUAUCAGAAUUACCAUUACAUGAAGAGGACCGUUCCUCAUGGCAAACCCAUGCUCUACGAAGAGCCGGAGAGACACGUCGCCACGUUUGGACAGUGGCCGGAUCCUUCUUACAAUGCUUUCUACGGCUUCCAGAAUGGGGACUACCCUUAUUACCCUCCUCCGCCUGCUCCCUCCUCUUCCCCGCCGCCGCCUCCGCCCUCGCCGCCGCGGGUCUCCACCUGGGAUUUUCUCAACGUGUUCGAGGCUUUCCACAGCGGCUACCCGGGUUACCCGAACCGGUUCGGGUCGAGUGCGAGCAGUGCCGAUUCGAAGGAGGUGAGGGAGAGAGAGGGGAUUCCCGAGUUGGAAGACGAAACGGAGCAAGAAACGGCGAAGGAGGUUCAGUUGAAGGAGAAUAAGAAGUUGGGGGAGAAAAAGGUGAGGGAUUUCGGGGAGGGGCCUUCGAACUCCAAAGCGGUGCCGUUGCAGCAGGUGAGUAGCAGCGAGGGGAGUUCCAAGACGGUGAGGUUUCACGACGGCGGCAGCGACGCCGGUGAGGUGGAGAAAGAGAUUAAGAGCAGCCCCGACAGUGUUGUGUCCGAGGAGCCCAAGAAAGGGGUGAGUUUCGAGAUUGACGAGGCCACGGUUACGACGGUGGAUGGUGACUCUUCCGUUUUGAGUAGUGUCACCACUUUGUCUGCGCAUGGCACGAGGGAUAUCAGAGAGGUUGUUCAGGAUAUUCGAGAUGAGUUUGUCACGGCUUCUGGUUUUGGGAAAGAGGUUGCUUUGUUGCUUGAGGUUUGCAAACCGCCUUAUCGCUCCAGGGUUGCGCCACUUAGAGUUAUGUUUUCCAGAAUCUUGCAGAUGGUAGCACCUUCCAGGUUUCCUUCACAUCCCAUAUCUGUACAAUUUUCUUCUAGGGAAAUAAAAUUGGCGCAAGCAUACUGUGGUGAACCUGGGAAAGACUUCAAGACGAAUCCAGAGAACCUUUCAUCUACACUGGAGAAACUUUAUGCAUGGGAAAAGAAAUUGUAUAAGGAAGUUAAGGAUGAAGAGAGGUUACGAGCUAUUUACGAGAAGCAGUUCAAGAAACUGAGAACAUUGGAUAAUCUAGGAGCUGAAUCUAGUAAAAUUGAUGCUACUAGAGCAUCAAUUAGAAAGUUGCAAACAAAAAUCAAUAUUUGCAUCAGAACUGCUGAAACUAUAAUGGGAAGGAUACACGAAUUGAGGGAUAAAGAGUUGCAGCCUCAACUUGCAGCACUAGUUAAUGGAUUCAUAAGAAUGUGGAAAUUCAUGCUCAGAUGCCACCAGAAACAGUUCAAAGCUAUCAUGGAGAGUAAAAGUCAGUCUCUUAAGAUUAACAUUGGCCUGCAAGGAGAUGAAGGUUUGAAGGCCAUUGUAGAACUUGAAAAGGAGCUUUUGAAUUGGUGCUGUCAGUUCAACAAUUGGGUUAAGACUCAAAAAUCUUAUGUCAGAAAUUUGAAUGAGUGGCUCAUAAGGUGCCUUCCUAAUGAACCUGAAGAAACAGCUGAUGGUAUUGCCCCUUUCUCUCCAAGUCGGUUUGAUGCUCCACCAGUUUUUAUAAUUUGCAAUGAUUGGCAUCAAGCAAUGACAAGAAUUUCAGAAACUGGGGUGGCAGAUGCCAUGCAUGGAUUUGCUCUAAAACUACAUGAGUUAUGGGAAAGGCAAGAUGAGGCGCAACGCCAGAGAAUCAAAGCGGAGUAUCUCACAAAGGACUUCGAGAAACAGCUUAGAACUUUGCGCACAGAAAUGGUAGGCUCAGGACAAGAGCAUGAUAAAGUUUCAGGAAAGACUGCAUUGUCAAAGUUUGCUUCUGAUGGUGGUGUUUUACCACUAGAUGACCUAAAAGUGGAUUUAAAUUCUAUGAAGAAGAGAUUGCAUGAAGAGAGGGUCAGGCAUAAAGAAGCCAUCAAACUUGUACGUGAUGCAGCUAAUAAUAGUUUACAAGCUGGUUUGAUUCCCAUUUUUAAGACAUUAGAGAGUUUCACUUCAGAGGUGGUGAAAGCUCAUGAACAAGUCAGGCUUCAAAAUGUUGGAGACUCGUAGAGAUUCCAGCUAUUUGAUUUCUUUUGGUGACAUGUGAUUGCAUUUACUAGUGUGGAUUGGAUGUGGGGUUUUCUAGGGUAGGUGGAAGAUUUAGAACUAACCACCAGUUUUGCAGCUAGAGUUAUUCUUAUUCCGUAGGAAAGCACCUCUUGAAUUACCUCAAAGAGGUUUGCUUGGAACAUGUUUCAGCAAUGAAGGGUUUGGGUGCCUAAAUGUCAGGAGUGAGCAUCUUGAAUUCAGCUUUGUUAACACCCAAUCCACAGUUAGGUAAAAUUUGUACAGAAAAAAAAAUUCAUUCAUUGGUUGAUUGGUUGUAACUUGUAGGUGGACUGUAUAUGUAGCACAUGCCUAGGAGUAGCUAAUCAGGAGGAAGCAAGGCAAUUUUGUAGAAGUUUCAAGAAUGAUCUGGUGAAUUAAAACAUGCUUUAAUUUCCUGUAGUUUUUAUUCUAUCCUUUUCUCUGUUACGCCUAUGUCCUGAUUGUGACCGACUCUAUUAAAGCUAAAUGGCUGAUCAGCAUCAUUAAAUUGGGGUACACAUGUAAGCUUCUUUGAAAGAGUUGAUUGUGUGCUGAAAUAUGAAAUCAUCCUUCACUUGUCCAAUGAAGGAAACUGUAAUCUGUUUCUGAAGAGACGGGAGUUAAUGAUGGAAAACUAUUAAUGGAGGAUUCACUAAGUGUCGUAAAUGCCACCAAGGGUCAAUUACUUCCGAACAAAGAACUACCAUUAAGAAAUCACACUGCAUUCUAGUAUCAUGGCCGAGCCAGAGGAUAAGCUUUAUUAAUUUAACAGAAAAAAGUCAAAUUAUAAGCUAUUAGAAUUGUUUGGACUUUGGACUGGUUAGUAGCAUAUAAAAGGUCGUUUGUCAGUGAUUAUUGAGCAAGGGUAUGUGUGAUUUUGGAAAAGAAGAGAAAGAAAUAAAUUAA